ACAAAGGACAUGUUUAUGGUGUGUGUGUGUGUGAGGGGAGGGGAGGUCGGAGCGGCGGUGGCCAUUAGUGACGGCUGACUGGACCGGCGCCCUCUUCCCCUUCUCACUGUGUGUGUGUGUGUGUGUGUAUAUAUAAAAUGUACGCCCGGCAGCUGACAGGCUCAGGGCUGUGGCCGCCCGUGUUGUUUAUUGUGCCGGCCAGCAUGGCGGAGGCCGGCUAGGCCGCGGGCCUCCAGAGUUUGCUCUCUUUGUAAAUACUUGGUGUCGGGGCCUGGGUGAUUCUCCCCCCUCCUGCUCCUCGGCCUCGCAUUAUCUGGGAAGGUUACUGCUGCGGCUUUGCGGCCGUGAAGUCCGAGUAAAUUCACCCCGCCUAACGUUUUAGUUUGCAGAACGGGAACAGUAAAUAUAUCCUGAUGAAUUAACCCCUCUGUGUGUGUGUGUGUAUGUAUGUAUGUAGACAUAAAGCAAUUUUAAUGCACGAUUCUUCCCCGACGGUGAAGCACAAUGAGCGGGCUCUUUGUUUCUGCUUGACACUUACUUUGCCUCUGUUGAUGGGAUUCGCCAGGCUCGGCCCUGCCUCACUCGUUAUGCUGGUCAUCAAGUACCAUGCUAGUCCUAUUUUCCGUGGAGGGCUUGAUGUGGUCAUCUAAAAACUAAUGUUGUGAGAGUGUCCACCUUCACCACCCACUUGGAUAGUGUGUUGCAGAUUUUGUCAUCUGUGUUAAAAAAAUAUUUCCUGGAGUUUCCUGUGCCUCAAACUGCUGUCUGGUCGGAGGAACAGCACAUCAUAUUUCGCUUGGGCAGCUUACACCUCAGCGAAAUGAGUCGUCAGACUGCCACAGCACUCCCUACAGGUACAUCAAAGUGCACUCCUGCCCAGAGAGUCCCUGCAUUGACGGGAACCACAGCUUCCAAUAGUGAUUUGGCAAGUCUAUUUGAGUGUCCGGUUUGCUUUGACUAUGUGCUGCCACCAAUUCUUCAGUGCCAGAGCGGCCACCUUGUCUGCAGCAACUGUCGUCCGAAGCUUACAUGCUGCCCCACUUGCAGGGGCCCAUUGGGCUCCAUUCGUAACCUGGCGAUGGAAAAAGUGGCUAACUCUGUACUGUUCCCCUGUAAGUAUGCCUCUUCAGGUUGUGAGAUAACACUACCGCACACAGAGAAAGCAGACCACGAGGAACUCUGUGAGUUCAGGCCAUACUCGUGUCCUUGCCCUGGAGCCUCGUGUAAAUGGCAAGGCUCUCUGGAUGCUGUAAUGCCACACCUGAUGCAUCAACACAAGUCGAUCACAACCUUGCAGGGUGAGGACAUAGUUUUCCUGGCCACAGACAUAAACCUUCCAGGGGCAGUAGAUUGGGUCAUGAUGCAGUCCUGUUUUGGCUUUCAUUUUAUGUUGGUCUUGGAAAAACAAGAAAAAUACGAUGGCCACCAGCAGUUUUUUGCCAUAGUACAGCUAAUUGGAACACGCAAACAAGCUGAAAACUUUGCAUAUAGACUUGAACUGAAUGGCCACAGACGGCGAUUGACUUGGGAAGCAACUCCUCGAUCAAUUCAUGAAGGCAUUGCCACAGCCAUUAUGAAUAGUGACUGUCUGGUUUUUGACACUAGCAUUGCACAGCUUUUUGCAGAAAAUGGUAACUUGGGAAUCAAUGUAACGAUCUCAAUGUGUUGAAACCAUGACAUUUCAUAAAUUCUCUUUCCAGGGGCCGGAAAUGGGGCAGUAAAUGCUGUACAUUGAGCUAAAUAUUGGAGGAACUGUGCAACAUUUUGCUGCUGAGCAUUUAUCAGACUGGCUUCAUGGAUUCUGUUUGGAGUCACAAUUCUAACGUAGAACUGGCUUGCAGCAAAGUUAACACUAAUUAUAAAUGCAGUAAACCACUGAAGAGACAUUUUUUUGUAGAAAAUAGUGCUAGGAGCCUUAAGAAAAUGGGCAUAAACACUUGCAAGUGCUACAAUCCUGUUUGUUUUGACUGUACUCAGCUAAAAGUGUUGAAAUUGUUCUGAUUGUCUUUACCGACAAGCCAUGUUGUGCAGUUUAAGUUGCUGCUUUUCUCAUUUGUUUCUACAUAGAAUUGCUGCUGUUUUGUGUAAAUUUUGUGUAUGGAUAUUUUUUAUGAACUUACUAGUUUUUCAUCAAUAAAUUUCCCUUCCUUUUUUGUACUAAGCCCUUUGGAGCUAUUUAAGUUCAUCUAAUAUCUAUUCAGUUUACAAGGUAGAAUCCCAUAAUCUGUCCCAACCGUGAGUCUUGACUAUCAGGCUCUUGACUUUCAACAUAGUUUGUGGCAAGUAUUUUUAAAUCCCUUAAGCUUUUGAGUUGUGAUAUCUAUUGUCAUUGUACAAUGGUUAACAGAACUGACAUUAAUACAUUUUGGUUAUUUAGAAUCGAGGUGCAUUUGUAUCUGAAAUUGGAAGUGUUUUAAACUUCCCAAUGUUUAUCCAAACCUACAAGACACUUGGCCUCUUGCUCUUUUUUUCUGCCUGUUGCUUAUCUUUUACUCCAUUUUCCUCAGUGGUGCUACUUUGCUAUUCCUCUUCGUUUUUGUGUGUGUGUGUGUGUGUGUGUGUGUGUGUGUGUGUGUGUGGGGUGGGGGUGGGGGAGGGUGGGAAAUAACUAAUCGUGGUAAAAUGGAAUAAAAGGUUCAGACAUCCUUUUUGCUGUGGUGAAAGUAUGCUGGUGUUAUUGCAUGAAUGUAAACUUCAGUACCUUUUCCCUCUUUGGAAGAGAAGACUAUUAGUUUAGACAAACCUGCUUUAAAACAUUUUAUUUGUAGUUACAUGUGAAUAGCUGAUUUCAAAAUUGCCAAGCCCGUCUACUCUACCUAAGUUUUCUGUAGUUUAGUGUUUUGCUGAAAUGCAAAAAGUUGCACACUUUUUAAUUUUAUACUGUGUAAAUUAAUACUUUCAUUUAGUCCUGUUUGAUUUAAUUUUGUGAUCAUGUUUUAAUGACAUGCAGCUGCUUCCCUGAAUGUUUCAACAAACACUGUAAUUUUACUGUAAGUCAAGGUUCAGUUGUGGUCAUAAUUAUGUGCAGAGCUUUUCCGAUUCUCUGUUGUCCGAAUUAGUGUUCUUUCAAAUGGCUUCCAAUCAGAACUAUUCAGGUACAUACUGUACAAGAUCUGUGUGUGCCCUCUUUUUUGACUCUUUAAAUUUCUCUCUCCUCACCCCAUUGAAAAAGCAGAGUUUAAGUACUUGGGCAACUUGAAAAAGAAAUCAAAUGUCUGCAUUUUUGUAACGUAACUUUUUUCUCCUCCCCUCCCAUGUCCAAUGCAUUUAGUGAAAUUAUACAUAAAUACUCAUAUUCUCAUUUUUGUUUAAAUAUGCUUGUCAUAGAUAUUAUCCAGAAGUCUGACCAUAACUAAACAUGAUCCAGUCAUUAACGCAGAUGAUGUUUUGCCUCUCUGACAGUAUUACACCACAAGGUAAUAUAGUAUGAGUUGCUAUAAUACCCAAUUAGUAUACAUUUAACUGCUUUUAUGCAAUUAAGAGCUGAUUGUUUAGAUCAUUAAACCAGUUUGUGUAAGUAUAAAGACAGGAAUUUGUUUCUUUUCCCCCGAACAUUUUGUUUUAAGGAAGGCCACCUUCGCCCAAUUUCAAUUAUUUAGACAGAGUUACAUUGCCAAAACUGCAUGAUGCACAUUGUUAACAGUAUUUAAUGUUUAAAACUAAAUUAAUAAAGAUGGAACUCUGCAGUUGAAGUCUGCAGCGUCUGGUCUAUGUGGAGUAACUGGAUUACUUUAAAUACACUGCACCUGGCUAAAUUCUGUAACCAUUGAAAUUUUAAAUUUGUUCUAUUUUCAAAGAUGCAACAAACAAUGUCCUCUGAAUUUUAAAUAUCAAACUAUAGUGGGAAUGGAUUUAUACACUUGUGUAGCAAGCUUUACUUAGAUACAAUUGGCAUCUAUUAUUGCAUUAAUUUCAUGUGAACCUUUUUGAAUCAUUUGUGAAAACACUAAAUAUUGAUCCAGAACCUCUUAAUAAUACAAUGCAAGAAGAAUAAAUAUUACUAUCAGAUCCUAAAUGGCAGCUUAUCUUUGAUUAAACUGUUGUAACUUUGUAAUUAAACUUGCUCAAUUAAUUUCUUCAGAUUAGAAUAUAAUGAACUAGUUGAGUUUGGCUGCAAUACUACUUAAAUAGUAGAAUUUUUACUAAUAUUUCCACUUAGGGAAGAAACCUUCCCCCCAAAUGAGUGAAGUAUGUUAGCGCUAUCUCAAUAGUAAUUCAGUCAUACAAAUCCUUAAUUUUGUUCUAAGGUUUAUGGAAUUGAGCCACCUAUUGUGCAAUGUACUGCCUCUUGAAGUUACUGGUGAACUUGCUCUCUCCUGCAAACAUUAUUUGCAAGCAACAUUUUAUCUAAAACCACUUGUCUUACACACACUAAGUUUAUCUUUAAUACUAGGUGGCCCAUUUACUUUAACCAUGCUAUUGUACAGUAAAUGCUGUGUAAGAGUUUCGGUUAAAUCUUUUUAAUACUGUUCUGCCUGAAACUUGAUUUAUUGUGUGUUUAUGCUUAUUUGCAUUUUAAGCUCCAAUAAAAGUUGAUUCUCACCUGUU